ACGUUCAGAUGGCAGAACUGUAGCGCACAGCUGCUCGCUUCUCCUUCGCUGUCAAAUAAUUUUAGGUUAAGCUCGCAUAACCAAACAAUUAUGUACUAAACAAAUCACAAAAAUGAUAUCGAAUAUCGUGAGAAUACCUCGAAAACUCCUCAAAAACUUUCGGUGGAGCUCCACAUCGGCCAAACCUCAACUAACGGAAACCAUAGCCAUAAAUAGCAAAACUUUCAAACGGGACGACUACACAAACAUUACAGACAAAAUCGCAAGUUUAACACAAAAAAACCUCCAUCUCAUUCAAAACCAUCCAAUCUCGCUAGUCAGACAAAGAAUCGUCAACUACUUUUACAAGAGCUUUCUCAAUUCACGAAGAAAUCCGUUGUUUUCAGUUUACGACAACCUAUCGCCAAUUGUAACGUUAACCCAGAACUUCGACAGCUUAUUAAUACCCGAAGAUCAUCCCUCAAGAUCAAAAUCGGAUUGCUACUACAUCAACCGCGAAUACCUACUUCGCGCUCAUACCACCGCCCAUCAGUCCGAGUUAAUAAAGGCGGGUUUGGAUAACUUUUUAAUAGUCGGUGAUGUGUACAGAAGGGACGAAAUCGAUUCAAAACAUUAUCCCGUUUUUCAUCAGCUGGAUGCUGUUCGUUUGAAGACCAAAGAUCAAUUAUUUUCAAGUGAAAGUGAUUUGAAGUUGUUCGAUUGUGACGAUACCGCAUGUAUACCGGGAGGACCGAGCAAACAACGGUGUCAUACGUUGGAAGCGUUUAAGUUGAUGGAACAUGAAUUGAAAACAACACUAGUGGGAUUGGCAAAGGAACUGUUCGGCAAUCAAGUUCAGUAUCGCUGGGUCGAUACAACUUUUCCUUUCACACAGCCAUCGUGGGAAUUGGAGGUGUACCACAAUAAUGAAUGGCUUGAGAUUUUAGGUUGUGGUAUUAUGGUGCAGUCUUUGCUUACCAACAUUGGUGUUGAUAAUCGGAUCGGAUGGGCAUUUGGAUUGGGAUUGGAACGUAUCGCGAUGUGUUUAUAUAGUAUUCCAGAUAUUAGACUGUUUUGGUCCACUGAUUCGGGUUUCUUAAAUCAGUUUAAAAAUGACAAUUUAAAGACACCGAUUGUUUAUAAACCUAUAAGCCAAUAUCCACAAUGCAUUCAUGAUAUAAGUUUUUGGUUACCAGAAGAAGACUCUUUAUUUUGCAGCAAUGAUUUUUAUGAUUUGGUGCGGAAUAUUGCGGGUGAUUUAGCAGAGCAAGUCUUGUUAGUCGAUCAAUUUACUCAUCCAAAAAGUAAAAAAAAGAGUCACUGUUAUCGUAUAAUUUAUAGGCAUAUGGAAAGAACAUUAACAAAUGCAGAAGUGAAUAAAAUACAUCAACAUGUGGAACAUGCAGCUCGUGAUCAAUUGGGCGUUACUAUUAGAUAGUACAUUGUUACAAAUACAUACUGUACAUAAACAUGUAUUUUAUAUUUAGUUUUAUAAUUAAAUACCAGUCAAACCUUUUUUAAGUAA